UGUUAAUUUAAAGUAUAACAGUAGUCUUCCUAUUCCACAAUUUAAUGGGUCCCACUGUGUUUAGUUUGAAGAUGAGGGCCAAAAAGAAGAAAUCGAUGCCAAAACCCUUCUUUAAAGAAGCGAUGAAAUACUUUAAGGUUAUUGUUGUUACUAUCUGUAUUGCUAUAACAUGCUGGCAAGGAUAUUCUUCAACUGAAAAGUACAUUGCUGAACCAAAAAUCAUGCAUGAGACCAUCAAACCAACCAAAGAUGGAGCUCCGGAUUUGCGACUUUCUGUUUGCAAAAAAAUGAAAGUAGGAGAUUGUUCAGCUAUUGUGGAUAUCUUUGCUACAUAUGAGUACUAUACUGAG